AUGGACGUCCCGAGGAGUCGGGAAGUCACCGAGUUUCACUUGGGGACCAGUCUGACGCGCAGGUGCUUCUACGACGGCUGCUUCACGGUCCCGUGCGGCUCCUGCGAAACGUGCGUCCUCUCGGCCAAGUUGGACAUCACCGCGCAGUGGUUCCCCAGAGCCGGAGAGCUCUCCAAGAGGCGCUUCCUGUCGGGGAUAGUCCGCAGGUUUCACAGUCUGGACCUCCUGCAGCAGAUCUCUCGGGUUCUCCAACCGACCACCAGCAAAGACUACACUUACUCCCGAUCCCGAAUCAUCCCCAGUCUGACCGAGGACAUGAGCAACCAGAGCAGCGACCGCGCUCUGGACAGGGACUUCCUGAGGAAGACCAUGAUGGAGACCUGGGAGUGGUUCGUGCUGAGUAAAUAUUGGACGAAAGUGAAUUACUCUCUGGGUUUGCUGCACAUGUGCGACUCUGAGCUGCUUCACGUCACCGGCAAUCUGAUCCGUUUGCUCAUUCUCAGAAAGCAAACCAUGGUGAUGUGUGAGACAACAGUGGCCCAUAUGAAAUCAACGUUGUUGCACAGCGAAAUAAAAAGACAAAAGGACGAUCUAAUGUCUUGGAAAAAGGAAAUGAAGUUCUGCGAUGAUCCCUCUCAGAACUCUGAAAAUCCAGCUCUGAUGAUAGUUGCCACUUCCUUCAAGUCUACCUCAGGGGUCAGUAAAAACAAGGACUUUAUCCGCUGUCUUCCUGUUCAUCUGUCAAAAUAUAUUCUUGGUAUGUUGGAUCUGACGUCACAGAAGAAUUGCCUGUCUGUCUCCCGUCACUGGAAUUGUCUGACCACCGAGAUUGAGAAGGACAUGCAGACUCAACUAUUUAUUCUUCAGGAGUCCCAGACAAUGAAGAUAAACUUUGUUGUGAAAAUGGGCUCCUCCCCUUUCCUCCCCAUGUGUUUGGGGGCAAGAACUAUAUCUUACGCUUCUCCUUACUAUGACAAACACGAACGAAAGAAACUAGGUGGCAAAGAACGGGCGAAAAAGAUAAAGAGCAGUGUAAAAAAGCGUAAAGAGGGCAAAGCAGAGAAAGAACAAAGAAGCAAGAAAAGUUCACGAAAAUUGACUCACGCAGAAAAAUGCAAGAAGUCACCAGAGAAGCAAAACGUCAAGAAAAUAAAGCUAAUCAAACCGAAGCGUGCAGAACCGAGAAUAGUUGAGGGGACAGCAGCACAAGGGGUCAGCUCAGUAUAUGCCAAAGUCAUUGGUAUUCCUGUCCCGAACGUCGAUACAGACGGACAUAUCAUGAUUGAUUAUGACAUUCCAUCAGUUACAAUAAAACCCAAGCAAACAUUAGCUCUGAUACCCAUGUACAACGGGUUUCGGACUGAAAUAAUACAGAUGGAGGAGAGGAAUGUUUUCUGUGGGCCAUACAAUGUACUGAUACUUAAAGAAGAGAGCAACCCCAACAGGGUAAUUGAUUAUGCUGGUGAACAACUGAUAGCAACUGGCUCAUCGGACAAACAUAUCAGACUGUUAGAUAUCAAGCAAGCCAAAGAGCUGCCCCUCGUAAUCCAGGGACACACUGCAGGCAUCAAGGCCUUGAUCAUCUGUGAGAAGCGGGGCUUUGUGAUCAGUGGCAGCUACGACCUCAGCAUCAGACAGUGGAACCUGAAGAACGGCAAUUGUUUGAACGUCUUCCGAGGCCACAUAGGAACGGUUACUUGUCUCGCCCUGCAUGAAAACAAGAUGGUUUCAGGGGGGAAAGACUGCCAGGUUAAAGUCUGGAACCUUCUGACAGGAAAAACUAUCUGCAACUUUAUGCACUCAAAGCACAUCCUGGCUGUGAAAAUCAGUGAACAGUUUGUGGUAAGCUCCUGUGAGCAGGGGAUAGUGAAAGUCUGGAACGUGAGCCCACCUUCAGUCAUCAAGAUCCUGGAAGGCCACCAUGGACCUGUCACAUGCUUGUCUUUUGACCAGUGGCAUUUGGUCAGUGGAAGUAAAGACACGUAUAUUAUGGCCUGGAGUAUGGUUGGCAAAUACAAGCACUGCUUAAUGGUUUUCAAACAUCCAAAGGAGGUUUUGUGUUUGGAGUUUACUUACAUGCGUGUGAUCAGUGGGUGUAAAGAUGGAAACAUCAGGAUCUUUGACCUUUGCAAUGCUAACUGUCUAAGAGUAUUGAGAGCAAACAGCAACAUGGAUGCGGUACUUUCCCUCAACAUUGCAGAAAACAGGAUUGUUGUAAACACCUUGUCCAAUGUGCUGGUAUUUUACUUCGAAGACGUGAGAUGGGAUUACGGAGCAGCUGCAGCACUUGUUGCCAUUGUCAGACCAAAAGAUAAGUUUAGUGCAGCUCCACUAAGGAAGCAGCCCCACAGCUAUGUUCGUGCCCAGCGAAUGAAAAUAAUUGGAUCAACCAAUGAAAAGAUCUAUCGGAGAGAGGUGGAUGAAGCAGAAGAGGGUGUAUCCAGGCUGUCCCACCAUGCUCGCAGCCUGUCCAGCAAAAACAUGGAGCUGGCAAGGAAUAUUCAAAUUGAAUCGAUGAAACUGGAGACUCGUCGUAAAAAGCCCUGUCGCAAGCAACUAACAGAUCCAGAAUCCAAGGUUUCUCCAGUUCCACUUGCCUCCAAAAGCCCAGACAUGAUGGUCCAAGUCAGUCCGAGGCAGGAAACACACUCUAAUAUUGCCUCUGAUGCAAAACCCCUCUCAGCAGCAUCGCGCAAGAUAUUGGCAAGUGAGAAGAGAACAUUAGAGCGGAUAAAGACACGUGGGCCCCACAGACCUAGGACCCCGGACCAGAUUUAUAUGUCUAUUGCAUCCAUGCAGCGCUUGCCCAGAGGAGACAAGACGGAUGAAAACACUCUGUACAAUAUUUCACUUUCGCAGGAAUGGGGUCCACGUCCCACUGGUCCGGACAGCUGCAAAGUAAUCAGUGAAACCGCAGAGAAGUCUCUGAAAAAGAUUCCGGACACAUUCAAUGCCCGCCAGUCCACAGAUGGCUGUGUGUGCAUCAAAACAAUCAUCACUCCCUUUGAGGUGAGAGAGCAAGAAUUGAAGCAGAAUUUCAGUUUGCACAGCCAUAAUGUGAAGUGUUUUAUACCCAGACCUGUUCUGAUACGUUCAAAGUCAGCCCAGUGCUAUGGAGAAACCCCUUUCCAUCUUAAAAGUGAGAAGAUCAGACCUCAAACUGCAGUGGAUGAUAUCAUUGAGAACCACCUGGCUUUUCCAAAAGACCAGCAACGGAGCUCUGUCGCUCCACAAGGAACAAAGCCAACUGUGUCAUUCGAUAAACUGAUUGUAGACAAACGACCACCUAUGGACCCAUAUCGAAACCGGAGCGGUUUCUACCUCAGGACACUGAAGGAACAGAAAGAAUACACAGAAAGAAUUGCGCAGAGUCAUAGCAAAAGUCAGGAAAUGGAAACUGAGCAGAAGGACAAAGCAAGCCGGCAAGCUUGGCUCAGGAGAGUCAAGGGCCUUCCCAUUGAGUAUUUCACCAAGGAAGGGAUGCUAUCAGCCCCUGAAUUGGGGUCUAAUAGUUAUAUAUGAGCUCAUGGAAUCUCAUAUUGAUUAUAUGUGAUAUACAUACAUAAUGUACUGGCAGUAGGUAACAAUUCACAUGUAUAUUGUAAGACUGCUGUGGGUCUCAUGAGCCCUGGCUGAUUGGAGUUAGACAGCAAAACUGCUACAGCAGACAUGUUUGAUUUAGAUGCAGAGUACAUGUUCGUUCAUCCUCUAAAA